CCUUUAUCUUCUGCAUUGCAUUGCAUCACAUCACAUCACAUUACUACUACCACACAGUCAUAGACAAAGAUGGCAACUCAAGCAUUCCUUUGCUUCUUCCUCUUUCUCUCCCUCCUUUGCAUCACCAUCAAUGGAGAAGUCCACCAACAUGAAUUUAUUGUGCAAGAGAAGUCAGUGAAGAGGCUGUGCAAGGCACACAACAUAGUCACGGUGAACGGAAUGUUCCCGGGACCGACAUUGGAGGUGAAUGACGGCGACACACUUGUCGUUCGAGUCGUGAAUCGAGUUAGAUACAAUGUCACCAUUCAUUGGCAUGGUGUGAGGCAGAUGAGAACUGGUUGGGCAGAUGGACCAGAGUUCAUAACUCAAUGUCCUAUUCGUCCGGGUGGGGCCUACACUUACCGUUUUACAAUCCAAGGCCAAGUAGGAACAUUAUGGUGGCAUGCUCAUAGUUCUUGGCUAAGGGCCACUGUCUAUGGUGCUCUCAUCAUCCACCCCAAAAAGGGUUCUUCAUAUCCCUUUUCUCUACCCAAAAGAGAAGUCCCCAUUCUUCUAGGCGAAUGGUGGGACACAAAUCCUAUUGAUGUAGUCAAUGCUGCCACAAGAACCGGUGCAGCUCCCAACAUCUCCGACGCCUUCACCAUCAAUGGCCAACCCGGUGAUCUCUACAAAUGCUCCAGCAAAGAGACGACGGUGAUUCCCGUUACUGCCGGAGAGACAAAUCUGUUCCGUUUUAUUAACUCCGGGCUCAACACUGAGCUAUUUGUGUCUAUCGCCGGCCACACAAUGACAGUCGUCGGCGCUGAUGCAUCUUAUACAAAACCAUUCAAGACAUCGGUACUAAUGCUCGGUCCCGGUCAGACAACUGAUGUUCUUGUAAACACCGAUCAACCACCUGCACGGUACUACAUCGCCGCCCGGGCUUACUCUAGUGCUCAAGGUCUUCCCUUCGACAACACCACCACGACGGCGAUAGUCCAAUACAAGAACACAUGUUGUUCAGGCCAACCAGGGUCACAACCAAUUCUCCCCACUCUCCCUGCAUUCAAUGACACUAACUCAGCCACUGCCUUCGGCGCCGGGAUCAAAAGCCCUGCACCUGUGAAAAUCCCAUCUCCGGUCAAUGAAAACUUGUUCUUCACCAUCGGCUUAGGACUUCUUGAGUGCCCUUCUGGUCGUCGAUGUGGUGGCCCUAACAACACUAUAUUUGCAGCUAGCAUGAACAAUUUCUCCUUUGUACUUCCCUCAACUGUUUCCCUUCUCCAAGCUCACCAACUCCGUGUCUCCAAUGUCUUCUCCGCCGACUUUCCGGCAGCUCCACCAGUGCAAUUUGACUACACCGGAGCAAACAUUAGCAGGGCUCUUUGGCAACCAAUUAAAUCAACAAAAGUAUAUAAGCUCAAAUACGGUUCUGUUGUCCAAAUUGUCCUCCAAGGCACAAACAUUGUUGCGGCGGAAAACCACCCUAUACAUCUCCAUGGAUAUGAUUUCUACAUUAUGGCAACUGGGUUCGGAAAUUUCAACAGUGCAACUGAUACUGCUAAGUUUAAUCUUGUCGACCCGCCGUUGAGGAACACGGUCGGUGUUCCGGUGAAUGGUUGGGCUGUGAUUCGGUUCGUCGCCGAUAACCCCGGUGUUUGGCUCAUGCAUUGUCAUCUUGAUGUUCACAUUACUUGGGGACUUGCCAUGGCGUUUCUUGUUGAAGAUGGCUUUGGGGAACUUGAGACUUUAGAAGCUCCUCCUCCUGAUCUUCCUGAAUGCUAGAUAUAUCAUGCAUGCAUGCAUGCAUGCAUGGAUUAUAGUAUGAGAUUUUUACAUUUGCAUUUGAGUCCAUUGGUUUUGAUUGUUGAACUUAGAAGUCAUGAUAAUAUUUUUGUUGUCUUAAUUUGUAUGUCUUUGGAUAUUUGUCAUUAUAUUGUUUACUACCAUUGAUUUAAUCAAUGAAACAUAUUUAUCUUAUUAUAAGCA